AUGACGAAGAUGAAAGCCAUGGCUAAAGAUCUUCAACCUUUGCUGGCUGAUGUCCGCGAUAGUGGUCUGUUGAAGGAAGUUGAGAAUUUAACUCGAAGCCUUACACAAGCUUCUGAUGAUUUGAGAAUGGCACAUUCAUCAAUUAUGACCCCUGAGAACAUUGAACUGAUCCAAAAGUCCAUAUACACUCUCAUAUUCACCCUGAAAAACAUUGAGAAUGUUAGCUCUGAUAUUUUGGGCUUCACCGGUGAUGAAGCUACAAGAAAGAAUUUGAAGCUACUAAUUAAGUCUCUCAGUAGGUUAUUAUGA